UUUCAGUUUUUGUUCAAACUUGAAUCUGGAGGCAUGGCAGGAGAAAUAGGCGUGAUGUUUAAUAUUCCACAACCUUUUACAGUGAGAAGUAGAGGGCUCUCCCAGGUCAAACGAAUCAAUCAUCGUCAUUUCAAGCAUAUGGUGCAACCAUUUAGUGAUGAUGUGAAGGCAAUCAACUACAACUUUAUUAAGUAUUUUAAGGGCCUCAAAGGCAAGGUGCUAGAAGAAAUAUCAUAUAUAACAGAAUUGAUGGGUGACCUUCAUGAUGAGCAUUUAAUGCAAAAUGUGGGUACAGACGAUGAAGUUUCAAGAUAUCAAGAAGCUUCAUAUAAAGAAGGAAGAAAAGGAAAUUCCAAACCACUGUCAAGUCCAGUCCCCAUUAGAGUUAAAAUCCACGGACACCAUCCCAAUGAACACAAAGUGGGAAACGAAACAACACCAAAGAUCAUACUUCUCCCAAAUUCGGUAGAAGAUCUUUUCAGUGUUGCAGAGAAAAAAUUUGGAAACAGAGGAAGCAAAAUUCUUAUGGCUGACGGCUCAGAGGUAGAAGAAUUAAGCGCAAUAAGGGAGAAUGAUAAGUUAUAUAUCCUCUAAUGAUCAAAUCAAACAGAGAUUAACCAGAUGCUGGUCUUUUUGAUAAGUUACCAUCUCAGGUGGCAGUUUUCAUAACCAAACAGGAUAUAGGGAUGCAAUGUAUAGAAAUGAAAUAUGUAGAAUGAUACCUAGAGCGUUUUACUCUCUGCUGAGCAUGUCAAGAACAGCAUAAGCAGCUUUUUGAAAGUUAUCCUUCUCUUCAUCUAAGGCUCUUUUCCUCUCGAGAGCAGAACCUUUGCAUUUCUCUA